AUGUCUCCUCAAGACUCUCAAGCUGCUGCACUAUUGGCCCACGUCGUCUCGCAGGUCGAGCAAAACGUACAGUUUCUCGCAUCCCAUGCCUAUAUAUCCCAGGCAGAUGCAUCUGCCAUCCUCACAAAGCUCCCGAAUUCAAAUCAUGGCGUCACCCAGAUCACAAAUGGUAUCGCAAGAAUGCCACUUGCGCCCCGAGCUGCUCCCGUAGCGCCGGGUGUGAAACAAGCAAAGGCAUUGUGGCCCUACAAUGAGAAUGGACAGGAUCCCAACGACUUGUCAUUUUCCUCCGGCGACAUUAUCGAGAUUGUCGAAGAGACGAAUGCAGACUGGUGGGUGGGAAAAUUCAAUGGCAAACAAGCGAUGUUUCCAGCAAGCUACGUUGAGAGGAUUGCACCGGCUGCAGCUGCUGCGGUUCCGGCUAGAAAGCCCUAUAAGCCUUUCGGUGCCGCGCUUCAUGGCUCCGAUGUGCCACCACCAGCAGGGCAGGGUGUAAAUUCAUUGGGUCUACAGGAGAAAGAGGGUACAGAGGAGAAGAAGAGCAGGUUUGGGAAAUAUGGAAAUACGAUGGGUCAAGCUGCGGCUGGCGGUGUUGGUUUUGGUGCUGGUGCCGCGAUUGGUGGAGGCUUAGUUCGUGCCAUUUUUUGA